CUCCCUCCAUGGUUCCCAUCAUGCACCAGGUCAGCUCCACCAUGAAGAGCUUCACGUUGUCAUGGCCACAGCCUGAGCAGCCCAAUGGAAUCAUCUUGGACUAUGAACUGAGGUACUAUGAAAAGGUAAGACAACAUUUUAAUAAUUGAUGUCUGUAAUAAGAACUAAAAUACCUGAGCAGAUCAUUAUGUCCACCAGAGGCAUCUACUUUACCUUCAAUGGAAAGACACCCAGAAGGUUGUCUCUAUUGGGUGAAUCUUCUGGACGGGUAUUGGUCUACCAAGCUUGUUGAGAAUAUUAGCCUUUAUGCCUUUAUCCUUUUCCCCAUGGGACUCAAUACUCAUGUGUCAUUAUACUUGACACGUUUACUCUAAUUAUAUUGUCCACUCUGAUGUUUGAGUCAUUCCCCUCAUUGCAUCUGAGAAUGCCUUUGCAACCUUGAUAAUUAUCCAUUAAUUGCGUUUAACUGGCGUCUUCUUUGGAUGAGCACAGAGCACUGGGUUGCUAGGAUACUGGCGUGCUUGGACCUAGUUUGUGUGAAAGGUGUCCUCUCAGUCUGGGUCCUUCACCAACCCUGUCUAACCUGUGGCUCCUCCACACAGCCUCUUCUCCACUGAGUAGCGGCAGCACACAUAGCCUCUUUAUAUCAUUAGGUAGUAAACAUGCUUAGUGAGGGCUGCCCUGUGGUCUCUCUAACCUUAUAUCCACUCCAUCGCCCUAGCCUCCCUCUGGCUCUCUCAGCUUCCUCUAUACAGUGGGGGAAAAAAGUAUUUAGUCAGCCACCAAUUGUGCAAGUUCUCCCACUUAAAAAUAUGAGAGGCCUGUAAUUUUCAUAAUAGGUACACGUCAACUAUGACAGACAAGUUGAGAAAAAAAAUCCAGAAAAUCACAUUGUAGGAUUUUUUAUGAAUUUAUUUGCAAAUUAUGGUGGAAAAUAAGUAUUUGGUCACCUACAAACAAGCAGCAUUUCUGGCUCUCACAGACCUGUAACUUCUUCUUUAAGAGGCUCCUCUGUCCUCCACUCGUUACCUGUAUUAAUGGGACCUGUUUGAACUUGUUAUCAGUAUAAAAGACACCUGUCCACAACCUCAAACAGUCACACUCCAAACUCCACUAUGGCCAAGACCAAAGAGCUGUCAAAGGACACCAGAAACAAAAUUGUAGACCUGCACCAGGCUGGGAAGACUGAAUCUGCAAUAGGUAAGCAGCUUGGUUUGAAGAAAUCAACUGUGGGAGCAAUUAUUAGGAAAUGGAAGACAUACAAGACCACUGAUAAUCUCCCUCGAUCUGGGGCUCCACGCAAGAUCUCACCCCGUGGGGUCAAAAUGCAAAAAUCCCAGAACCACACGGGGGGACCUAGUGAAUGACCUGCAGAGAGCUGGGACCAAAGUAACAAAGCCUACCAUCAGUAACACACUACGCCGCCAGGGACUCAAAUCCUGCAGUGCCAGACGUGUCCCCCUGCUUAAGCCAGUACAUGUCCAGGCCCGUCUGAAGUUUGCUAGAGUGCAUUUGGAUGAUCCAGAAGAGGAUUGGGAGAAUGUCAUAUGGUCAGAUGAAACCAAAAUAUAACUUUUUGGUAAAAACUCAACUUGUCGUGUUUGGAGGACAAAGAAUGCUGAGUUGCAUCCAAAGAACACCAUACCUACUGUGAAGCAUGGGGGUGGAAACAUCAUGCUUUGGGGCUGUUUUUCUGCAAAGGGACCAGGACGACUGAUCCGUGUAAAGGAAAGAAUGAAUGGGGCCAUGUAUCGUGAGAUUUUGAGUGAAAACCUCCUUCCAUCAGCAAGGGCAUUGAAGAUGAAACGUGACUGGGUCUUUCAGCAUGACAAUGAUCCCAAACACACCGCCCGGGCAACGAAGGAGUGGCUUCGUAAGAAGCAUUUCAAGGUCCUGGAGUGGCCUAGCCAGUCUCCAGAUCUCAACCCCAUAGAAAAUCUUUGGAGGGAGUUGAAAGUCCGUGUUGCCCAGCGACAGCCCCAAAACAUCACUGCUCUAGAGGAGAUCUGCAUGGAGGAAUGGGCCAAUAUACCAGCAACAGUGUGUGAAAACCUUGUGAAGACUUACAGAAAACGUUUGACCUGUGUCAUUGCCAACAAAGGGUAUAUAACAAAGUAUUGAGAAACUUUUGUUAUUGACCAAAUACUUAUUUUCCACCAUAAUUUGCAAAUAAAUUCAUUAAAAAUCCUACAAUGUGAUUUUCUGGAAAGAAAAUUCUCAUUUUGUCUGUCAUAGUUGACGUGUACCUAUGAUGAAAAUUACAGGCCUCUCUCAUCUUUUUAAGUGGGAGAACUUGCACAAUUGGUGGCUGACUAAAUACUUUUCCCCCCCACUGUAUCUCCCUCUUUCUCAUUGAUUUACACUGUUUUUCCAUUGUUGUGUCCAUUUCCUUUUCAUUUUCUCUCUCUGCCUGCUGCACCUCUACAGCCUUCUGUCAGUAUCCUUCUCUGGCUCUCUUCUUUUCCUCUCUCAUAUUGUAUGGUCAUACCUAUGGAGUUAAUGGAUAGGAUGUCACUUGUGGUUUCUAUUGAAAAGGCUGUGUUGACAGCACUGUACUCUCAUAAAGACUGCAUUUACUGUAAUAAUGUAUAUUAUCCAACAUAAUGCUGUCAAAUUUGCUCUUUCAGAGAGUUUGGUCAAAACCCUCUCUGUCCUCUGAUGACUUUGUUGUUUUCUUGGCAAUCAGUGAAAGGUUGUUAUUAAUAAGCACUUCAUAUGUCCAGUUGUGAGAGCACGAGAAGAGGGAGGCUAGCAACACUGUAGUUGGCCUAUUUAAACAGGCUAAGUUGCGUUAAAGAUAUUGAGUGUUCUGUAUGUCAAAGACAACUAGCAAUUUUAGCAUUUUUACUUUUAAUGGACAGGGCCACAAUUGUUUUAAUCUGUCUGUCUAUGUCUGUAUUUGGGAUGGGCAAACCUUUAGUAUGCCUGUGGACAAUCAGCAGUCACUCAAUUAGCCCAUGUUAGCCAUUUAUUUUAGAUUGAUAAGUUAGUCUAGGGGCCAGCUAUCUAAACUUGUAGUAAGCAUGGGCCGAUUGAUCAUCAGUUAUCAUAUUAAAAACUGCAAACAUUUGCCUCCAUCCUAUGGCAAAAUGUGUAGAAUUGCAGGAAAUUAGCUGUAAAAUUGCAAAUUUUUCUCUCCGCUCAAUGGCAAAAUGAGUAGAAUGGCAUGAAAUUAGUUAUAAAAUAACAAAAACUUCUCUCCGCCCCAUGGCAAAAUGUGUAGAAUUGCAGGAAAUUAACUUUAAAACGUAAAUGUUUUUCUCUUCACUGUCACGGGCGGGCAGCAAAAAUGUUUUGCUUUCAAGGUGAGGGGGAGCUUUGGCAGUUUCUGUAUUUCUCUUCUGUCCUGAGACAGUAGUUAUAUUUAAAUAUAGAGACACACCUUUUUCAUCACAGCAGAAGUCACAGGUUUAUUUGAGGUGGUUCUGUAUUUCAGGACUCCCACAGUGGUUCCAUAGACACAACAUAGUGCUGAACAAACUAAUUUCCUCAGAGACACAAUAGUAAUAUCGUGGAGAUGGGGAUAGGGAUAUUUACCUGGACCGCAGCCAUACUGCAAAGAAGAGAUGACGAGAAAACCAGAGUCCUCAGGGUGGAGAGUCAGAGAAGAUGGCCCCACACACACAACACUGGGCUUGGAAGGAGAAUAAUACAUUAUACUAUUACCCCAGGACCAGGUUACACUCCCCCAUAGAGAAGAAUGAAGAGAAUUCUGGAUCAAAUUGCAGGAAUACGAGUUUGAACGCUUUGUUCUAUUUCCAUACUUUUUUAUCUACCUGGUCUGCCUAAUAUAAUACUAUAGCUUUAUCACCUCUGUCUGGGCAGCAGGAAAAUGUGUCAGAGCAAAAAGUAAAGAUGAUCAAAAUAAUUUUUGAAAUCAUGACAUCAUCAAAGAGUACCACCACAGUGUGCAUGAUGCUUUGUGGAGAACUACACAUCUUUCAUACAAAAAAGAACACAGCCCACAAAUAGGGUUCAUGCUUGUUGAAUAUGAUAAUUAUGUAUGGAGGGCCAGUGUAACAUGCUAUUUCCUGUCUGCCACUCCCUUCCUAGUUUCACCACCCCCCGUCCAGUAUUUCUGUGUUAAAUGCCAGUCGCCCAGCUGCACUCUCCAGGGAAUGUCUGGAGCCUUGGGGGUGGUUUGAUUUGGGAUUGGGCCUGGAUUGCACCAAUUGGCUAAUGAAAGCAGAUAUAAGAUAAUCUCUAUUCCACCGAAGGUCUUUUUCUUCCUCCUGCAGACAGUGAAGAAGAGGUUGGUUUCCCGGUGGGACAGCACACUGAUAAUGUCAGCACUCCCUGUCACAAUAUCCUAUUAUGUAAUACUCUACUCGGUCCGAGUACAAACCCCAUUCCGCAUUCUCUGCCUGUGUGAGAAGAAUUCCAUUUGCUAGCCUGUGCUGAGGUAGUGGACGCCAUCUUGGCCUUCUUGCUGAGCAUCAAAGCUGGUGUGAUGAUAAGCAGUGAGAAUAUUGGCGUGAUGGCAAGGUGGAGUCUGCUAUUGAAAGUGAAAUGGCAAGGGCCAACAAGGCAUAUUUCAUCCGUCAGCUUUGACUGAAGUGCCAUGGACACUGCCAGGCUGAACACUGCCAGGCUGAACACUGCUAGGCUGUUGAGAGUUCAGUUCACAGUCCCCCUCCACAGCUCUAGGAGUCUACACCCCUCACAAAUCUUUAAGAAUGCCAGGGGGGGGAUAAGGCCAGGGGAGGAUGGGUUGGGGUUUCAGAGGGAUGGGAUUGGGAGAUGGGUAAAGGGCGGUUCGCUGGGUAUUUCUGGGGAAUAGAGAUAAGUGGCCUUGGGCAUUUAAGGAAAGUCAGGCAUUAUACAAAGUCCCCCAUAUCUAAUUCUGCACUGGACCUUGUCAUUUAGGGAGGGCAUGGGCUGAGCGAGGAAGCAGCUAUAUUUCAGGGGUGAAGUUGCAUCUAAUUUCUGCUCAGUGUUUUUCUUCUGAUAGAGGAAGGUCAGAGCCUCCAUUAGCUGAGGAGAGCGCUCCCUUCCUUCCUCUGUCUCUCUCUGUCUCUGUGGGUUGGCUGUUUUUGUGUGUCUGCUGUGUAUGCACACAUCUUUCCUGUUAUAAAUGACCACCAUGGAGGAUACUUACUGUUUCUAUGGUCCAGACUGAAAAUGCGUUCAGUCUUUAUACAAACCAGCAGACCUAACCUGACAAAUACGAAGUCACACAUUCUCACUAAACACUUACUAAACACAUGCUGGACAUGUACAUAGACUCAUGUGUUCUGUAAAAAAAAAAGAGCAUACAAUCCACAUCUCACACAAGCUAUUUUCUCCCUGUAUCCCUUCACUCUGGUCUGAGGUGAACCUGGACACGUCUCAGUGUUUUUCCACCUCCUGCUCCUGUUUGCUCUCAUCCCUCCACAGAGGGAAGAGUCUGGAAAGAGAGACAGACAGAGAGGGAUUAAAGCAAACAGAGAAAGAAAAGCAAAUGCCAUGAGCUCUCCAAGCACACACAAUGCCAGUGAAAAGGUGUGUUGUGAUGAGCCAACGAUCUGAAAGGAGAGAUGUGUGUGGUAACUCUGGUUGAUGAUUGAUGAUGAAUAUGUCUAUGCAUGGAUUCUAAAACCAGGAUCAGCUACCGAUAUGCUGCAGCAUGAUGAAAGAUCUAAUAUGGGGAUGUUGUUUGGAACUCUUUUUUCUCAACACCCCACUCAUUGCUCGAUGUCCCUAUUUAUUUUAUGUGGCCCAAUUAAAAUUAUUCUAAAAUUAUAUACUGUGUGUAUGUGAAAAGCCUAAUUCACCUCUAUGGCUGUUUAAAGAGUGCAACAGUGGAGGCCAAUGUGGAAAUCCACCAUCCAGUAUAAUCUCAUACACAAACAUAAGGAGGAAAAGGGGCCAUUUUGUUAUCUAAGCACACAGGGCAGUAUGUAGUGUGUGUAUUAGGAUUAGGGGUUGACUCGAGUUGUGAUACUCCACUGCCUAAAAGCUGCAAGCCCAGUGUGAUGAACAGAUGUAAUAUUCUCUAGCUCUUUUUCCCCUCUUUUUCUAUCUCUCCCUGAUUGUUACAGGACCACACUGAGUUGAAUUCAACCAUGGUGCGGAGCCAGACCAACACUGCCCGUGUGGAGGGCCUGAGGCCAAGCAUCAUGUACGUGGUACAGGUCCGUGCCAGGACGGUGGCAGGCUUCGGCAAAUACAGCAGCAAGCAGUGCUUCCAAACCCUGACAGAUGGUAUGCUCCGUGUGUGUAUGUGUGUGUGUGUGUGUGCGUGUGACACCGCCAUGCGGGUCUUUGUGUCUGUGGACUGGGUGUGGGAGAUUGGAUAUAGUAAUAACUUAAAACAUUAACUGUCAUUACUUCAAUACAUUGGCAUGUGUCGACGCAGAGCAGGUGAUGAAAAUAUUUUAUAAAACACAUUCCCUUGAUAUUAGGAUUUAUUUUUAAUAUACAUAUUCCAAAGUCAAUGUCCGGAUCAAAGUAGUUCCUACCAGAGCCAUGUAUUUGCAGUGCCUUCAGAAAGUAUUCACACCCCUUGACUUUUUCCACAUUUUGCUGUUACAAAGUGGGACUAAAAUGGAUUUCAUUGUCAUUUUUUGUCAACGAUUUACACAAUAUACUCUGUAAUGUCAAAGUGGAAGAACAUUUGCCCAUUAUUCUUUAAAAAAUGUGUCAAGCUGUCAAGUUGGUUGUUGAUCAUUGCUAGACAGCCAUUUUCAAGUCUUGCCAUAGAUUUUCAAGCCGAUUUAAGUCAAAACUGUAACUAGGCCACCAUUUAAUGUCGUCUUGGUAAGUAACUCCAGUGUAGAUUUGACCUUGUGUUUUAGGUUAUAUGGCGCUGGUUCCUAUCAUCUGACUAAUUCCUUUUGUUCGGGGGAAAAUGCACAUUUGAGGUGUUAGCCAGAGUGAGUCUUUGCAGGUGGCACAGCUGCAUAGUGUAGUGUAGGAAAGCAGCCAACAGAGAGCCCCUGCAUGCUCACAGUGUGGUGUAGGGCAUUAAGGGAUCUCUAGCAGCAGCGCCUGCUGAAGCCUUGGGGUUGCAGCAGCAUCCGUUCCCCCACAAAACAGUUGAGUCAUCAGUCUUAGAAAAGUUGUAAAACUCUGAACCCAAUAAAAAGUUUAAAAAAUCACGCUUUUAUGCAAAUGUUGCACCAAAAUAAGUCUACAAUAUUUGUUAUUGCUAGGAACUAUUUUGAAAGCUUCCACAAAAUGGUAUAAACAAUUAUAACCCAUAUGGAAACAACAUAAUAUGAAAAAGGAUGCUGUUCAUUCAAAACAAAAUAUUAAUGGUUAUAUGAAUGAAUAUGGAUAAAUACUGGAGAAUGUAUGAUUCAGUUGGAAAUGACAGAACAGCAACACAUCCUUUUAAUCCGAUCCAUACAUAUGAAUGUAUGGUGUUCCUGUUUACUUUCUUAACUAUCCCUCUGACACGUAAUAGAGCAUUUGUGCUGAGAUUAGCAGGCGUUCUUCUGACUCCUAUUGAGUGUGUAAGGGGAUUAGCUGUGUCAGGAAGCUAUGUGUCACUCUGAGGGACUGUCUGUCUGCACAGAUACUAGCCCACAUGUCUGUGUAUUUCACAGAGCCAGUAAAGAAAGAUAUUUUGACACUGUCCCAAUACCAUUUAACUGUUCCAAUACUCCUGUUUCUCUUCUCUCCCAUCCUUUCCUCUCUUCUCCUCUCACCGCUUCACUUUUCACACCUUUUCUCUGACCUCUUUUACCUCGCCUUCAACUCUCUCUCUUUGUCCCUCUCUCUCUCUGUCUCUCUCUGUCUCUCUCUCUCUGUGUGUGUUUUGUUGCAGAUGAGUAUAAGUCGGAGCUGAGGGAGCAGCUGCCUUUGAUUGCAGGCUCAGCGGCUGCAGGAGUGGUCUUCCUUGUGUCAUUGGUGGCCAUCUCCAUUGUCUGCAGCAGGUAACAAUCACUUAGUCACUGCUCAUACUUGGUGUUACCAGGAAUAUGUUCAGGGGUUAUGCAUCCCAGGAAUUAAAUGGUAAUAUUACAAACGUUUAAUACAGUGCCGUUAUAUUGUCAAAUAUGGUUACAUAACCGUCUUUCGCUGAUUCUUUGCUGCAGGAAGAGAUCGUACAUGAAGGAGACUAUAUACAGUGACAAACUGCAGCACUACAGUACAGGCAGAGGUAAGCAUACAGCUCUCGUCCCAUCCCACACACCCCACUGACCCUCCCACUCCCACGCUCUCCUACCAGUAACUUCACCAGAGGCACCACACAACAUCUGACUCCCAUCACCCCAGUCUGGCCCUUAUAUAACAUCCUGGCUAUUUUGACAGAUGAUCGAUUUAAGACACAGCUCGUUACCUCUCCUCCUCCAUCCCCGCCUCCCUGUUCCUCUCCAGUACGUGGAUGCUAUACAAUGGUGCCAGAUGAGUUGAGAUAUCCCAACACAGUGCUUUAGGAUGAUAUACACCUUGUAAAUGUACUAAUUAUUCAUUUUUAUCAUGCUUUCUCUCUCCUUCUUUCUCUCUUCCUCUCUCUCUCUUUCUCUCUCUCGCACUUGCACUCGCACACACACACACACACACGUCUCCUACGUACAGUGGGUUCUGGACCAGGGCAGUGGUCGGGGAAUAGGGGUUAAAGCAUGUACAAGUUUCACCGUUUUACAGCUAAAAUUAUUGAUAUUGGAUAACAUGCUGCCAAUCGAGUGCCUACAGGGCCCUGACCUUUCACAGCUCAAUCUGUUACCAUGGAUUCUGAAUCCGGCCUAAUUAAGGGUGAAUUUCCCCAGAGUCUUAUUGCCCUGUUCAGUUACUUCUUCUCUCUCCUCUCUCUCUUCUCUCUCUUCUCUCUCUUCCCUCUCUUCCCUCUCUACCUCUCUCCCUCUCCCUCUCCCUCUCCCUCUCCCUCUCCCUCUCCCUCUCUCUCUCUCAGGAUUAAUAGCAUUAAACUGUCAUUCUGUUUGAUGGACAUUCUAAGCACUCAGAUCAGAGAGGCAGAGAAUGUUUACAUUUAAAUCUAUUAAUUCUCUCAGCCAUCCAUGAAAGAUGGUGCCACAGCACAGGUGAAGAUAAAAGAAAACUGCCAUUUAAACAAGACAUAAAAUUAUAUGUUGCUGAUCAUAAAUUGAAUAGAUUCUGCACAUGUGGUGUGAAAAGAUUUGGACGGUGUGCAGAUAGACUCUUAUAAUAGUACAGUCAGUGCUGGUUGCCAAGAAACCCAUUAUGGGAUGGUGAGCUGUUUCUCUUCCCCCAGCGCCUGAGUAAAUCCUCUCAUUUGAGUGUGUUUGGAUUCAUUUAAUUGUCUAUUAAAUCUGAGUAUCCUAUUGGUUCAAAGCAAUUAGGACAAUGUCAGAAUGAGCCAAUCCUGUUCCAUUGAGAACCAAGCCUUGAUCUCCCACAAGGGCCACAGAAUAGAUGGUCUCAAGUCAACCCUUCUGAUUGUCCUUUACCUUCAAUAGUUCUAUUAUUCUUCCAUUUUUGUAGUGUAGAAUACAUGUAGAAAUAUGCAGAUAUCUGAAAAAUCUAUAGUUUACCUUGACCUUAAUUAUGCAAAUCCAGCUAAAGUGUCCAGUUUAAGUUUACUUAGUUUUUUCUCUAUCAUAAAAGUGAAAUGCACACACACAUUUAGGGUUUGCUUUGCAGGUGCCUAGGAAAUGUAAAUAAAAAAGUGAUACUGUGCAAGUGCAUUGUGUGGGAUCUCAUUUUUCUCUGAAUGUUAAAAUUGGAUGUCUACUGCAGGAGGUGAUAUUUCCUGAAAUUUUUCAUCUUAGUGUGUGUUAUGACGCGUUUCCCUCUCUUACGUGGCAAUGUUUGCUAGGACUCUGUGAGUCACUCUGAUCAUCUUAUAUGUCCCUGGGAUCAAAAACAUAGUUUGGUCUGCUAGUCUUUUGCUUGAUUUCCAGGGACUUUUUCCAUCUUGCUUGGAGGAAAAAUAAACCAAUCUAAUCAUUUGGUCAGCUUGGCAAAAUAGCAAGGGGAUGUCUGAGGACAGUUUUGAUUACAGAAGAAUAUAUCAUCACAGUUCAAAUGGAGGCACCAGUGUGUAAGCACCAACAUUCAAGCCAAAUCCAUUUGUGAUUUUGAUGCACUGUUAGGCUUGAUUUUCCUUUCGCAAAUCAGAUCACGCCUCCAUUUUGCUCCUCCCCUCCUAUAGCCAGAAACUUCAACAGGAAGUACCUGUAAUAAUUAAAUGUCUUAUUCGGGGCGGCUUAAGGGUAGGCCUUGUCAAAGAGGUGGGGCUUUAGGAGGGACUGAAAGGCAAUGAUGGACUCUGAGUCAUGGGUGGCUGGAGGGACAUCCAGAGCCUAGGAGCAAGCCUGGAGAAGGCCCUGUCGCCGAAGCUCUGGAGCUUCGACCUGGGGAUAGCAAGGUGGCCGGCUGUGGUGGAAUGGAGUGUGCGUGUGGGUUGGUAGGGGAGAAGAAGGUCUGAGAGGUAAGUGGGGGCAAGGUGGUGAAGGGCUUUGUAGGUCAGAAGGAGGAUCUCAUAAUCAAUGCGUUGGGAGACAGGGAGCCAGUGGAGUUCACGAAGGACAGGGGUGAUGUGCUGCCAGGACUUAGUGUGGGUGAGUCAGAAUGCAGAAUUGUAACCAUUUGGAGCUUAUGGAGGGAGCUUGAGUUGUUGCCGGAGAGAAGUGAGUUGCAGUAGUCAAGACGGGAGGAGAUGAAUGCAUGUAUGAGGGUUUUAGCGGUUUCAGCCCAACGCAUCACCGGGGGUACACUGCCUGCCCUCCAGGACAUCUACAGCUCCCGGUGUCACAGGAAGGCCAAGAAGAUCAUCAAGGACCUCAGCCAUCUGAGCCACGGCCUGUUCACCCCGCUACCAUCUAGAAGCUGGAGACAGUACAGUUGCAUCAAAGCUGGGACAGAGAGACUGAAAAAACUUUUAUCUCCAGGCCAUCAGACUGUUAAAUAGUCACCUCUAGCCGGCCUCCGCCCAGUAGCCUGCCCUGAACUUAGUCACUAGCCGGCUACCGUCCGGCAUUCUACCCUGCACCUUAGAGACUGCUGCCCUAUGUACGUAGUCAUUGAAUACAGGUCACUAAUUAUGUUUACAUACUGUUUUACCCAUUUCAUAUGUACAGUGCAUUCGGAAAGUAUUCAGACCCCUUCCCUUUUUCCACAUUUUGUUAAGUUACAGCCCUAUUCUAAAAUUGAUUAAAUAUUUGUUUUGUUUAUCAAUCUACACAGUACCCCAUAAUGACAAAGCGAAAACAGGUUUUUAGAAAUGUUUGCUAAUUUAUUAAAAAUAAAAACAGAAAUACCUUAUUUACAGUAUUCAGACCCUUUGCUAUGAGACUCAUAUCUGGGGAAGGGUACCAAAAAAUGUCUGCAGCAUUGAAGGUCCCCAAGAACACAGUGGCCUCCAUCAUUCUUAAAUGGAAGAAGUUUGGAACCACUAAGACUCUUCCUAGAGCUGGACGCCCAGCCAAACUGAGCAAUCGGAGGAGAAGGGCCUUGGUCAGGGAGGUGACCAAGAACCCGAUGGUCACUCUGACAGAGCUCCAGAGUUCCUCUGUGGAGAUGGGAGAACCUUCCAGAAGCACAACCAUCUCUGCAGCACUCCACCAAUCAGGCAUUUAUGGUAGAGUGGCCAGACGUAAGCCACUCCUCAGUAAAAUGCACAUGAAGGACUCUCAGACCAUGAGAAACAAGAUUCUCUGGUCUGAUGAAACCAAGAUUGAACUCUUUGUCCUGAAUGCCAAACAACACGUCUGGAGGAAACCUGGCACCAUCCCUACAGUGAAGCAUGGUGGUGGCAGCAUCAUGCUGUGGGGAUGUUUUUCAGCAGCAGGGACUGGGAGACUAGUCAGGAUCAAGUGAAAGAUGAACGGAGCAAAGUACAGAGAGAUCCUUGAUGAAAACCUGCUCCAGAGCGCUCAGGACCUCAAACUGGGCUGAAGGUUCACCUUCCAACAGGACAACGACCCUAAGCACACAGCCAAGACAACGCAGGAGUGGCUUCGGGACAAGUCUCUGAAUGUCCUUGAGUGGCCCAGCCAGAGCCCGGACUUGAACCCGAUCUAUCAUCUCUGGAGAGACCUGAAAAUAGCUGUGAAGUGACACUCCCCAUCCAACCUGACAGAGCCGACCAAUAAAAUUUGAUUUGAUGAAUGUUAUGGCCUCAUAAAAUCGGUUCCAGGACAACAGUCAGGAUCAACUCUUCAGUCUAAAAAACACAGCACUUCUCUCACACUAAACAACACAAUUAUGCCCACUCACACACAUACACACUUGCCAAAUAACACAUAUAUUUUCGUGAGGGUCUCUGCAUUCUGUAUUUCUCAUUUUUCCAUUGCUCCGGACGACAGUAGCACUCAGAUUCCAAGCUACUAUUGUCAGUGACUCACCCUUAUCAUCUGUGUAGAGGGUAAUGUGAUAUUGUGUCAUUUUUAUAAGUUUAUGCUCAGUUCCUGAAGGUGGGAGAGAGGAGCUAAGGAAAUUGCCUUCCACAGCUAUUACGGGAAAUAGUUUACAUCUGUGUGUGUGUGUGUGUGUGUGUGUGUGUGUGUGUGUGUGUGUGUGUGUGUGUGUGAGAGAGAGAGAGAGAGAGAGAGAGAGAGAUGGCUGAAAAACACGGAGAUGACACGCACACACAUACUGUACAUACACAUAGUCACACACGGACAAACACUGAUGAGAUAUUUGUUUGAGCUUCCCCGUGCUCAUCCUAACCUCUCCUCCUUCUCUGUCUCCGUUCCAGAGCUCUCUCUGAGACCAGACAUGUCCAACUGCCCUUCCCCCAUGGGAUGCCCCACCCACUUCUCUGGCUCACCAGGGAUUAAGAUCUACAUCGAUCCCUUCACCUACGAGGACCCCAACGAGGCCGUCCGAGAGUUCGCCAAGGAGAUCGACGUGUCUUGUGUGAAGAUCGAGGAAGUCAUUGGUGCAGGUGAAUAUGGGAAGAGGGGAAACCUAACAUUCAGUAAGAUGGUGGAAAUAGAGUACCUCUGCUGCAUCCAUGAAUCUAUAUCAUUCUCUCCUCCUCUUUCUCUCUACCUGUACAGUAUCCAGGUGUUAGCACAGCUAUUCUGUUUUUUUUUAUACCACUUUAGAUAGAGAACCAUCUCCACUUCACAGAGAUUCUCUCUUUACAGAGGACAAUUUUAGCUGCUAUCUCAGUAACCGGACCGCCUCCAUUCAUCUUUAAUUCAUGCUGAUUUUAUCUGUCGGGGACAUUUAUUUUUUACUUGACUUGACAUAUUCAUGCAUUCAGCAAAAGAACGAUCCUCUCACUGGCUGAUGUUUGACGUCUGUAGACUUGUCAGCACAGCACUUGUCUUAUGACCCUGAAACUGGGCUCUAUGAUACUGGGAAGCAGAGGGAGCCAGAGGUUAACACUCUCUUCAUCUCUGUGUCUGUGACACAUAGUGUUUUAUCUUUAUGAUUGUACAUGUGCUAUAUGUAUUAGAAUAGGAAGUGAAAAUAUAUGGCAUCAGCUUGCAUACUGGUAGCUGGCUUUGUAAUAAGGUAAUCAAUCAGUAAUCCCAUGUCUUUCCCUCCAGGCGAGUUUGGGGAGGUGUAUAAGGGUCGUCUAAAGCCGGCUGGGAAGAGGGAGCUGUACGUGGCCAUUAAGACCCUGAAGGCGGGCUACGUGGAGAAGCAGAGACGGGACUUCCUGUCUGAGGCCAGCAUCAUGGGCCAGUUUGACCACCCCAACAUCAUCCGACUGGAGGGCGUGGUCACUAAGAGCCGGCCAGUCAUGAUCAUCACAGAGUUUAUGGAGAACGGGGCCCUGGACUCCUUCCUG